AUGCCUUUAAUAUUUUUGUCGCAUAAAACACCCCAGGUUAUGGAAAAAGAAUUGCUUAAAGAUAUAUUUUAUGGUGGAAAGGUUGAAACUACAGCCUUAAAAUUCGCCUUUUAUAAUACAUUAUUAUUUAUUUUGACAGGAUUAUGUGUUAUUACAAUAUUAGGAGUUUAUAAAGUUAUAGAAAGUUUUAUAAUGCCAAUGAUAUUGGCUUUAAUGUUUGGGGUAGUUUUAUUUCCACUUAAAAGAUCUAUAAAUAGAAGUAUAACUGAAUGGUUGAUGGAACUUGAUAAAAUAGACAAACCUUUGAUUCUAGGAUUUUUAACAAUUCCAUUUGAAUUAAUUGAUAAUUUUUCAAAUUUUAUAUAUGGUUUAUUUAGUUCUAGUAAUAGAAAUUUUAUAAUUGGAGGAUAUAUUGCAUUAAAGAUACUUACGUAUGAUAGAACAUUCCUUACAAUGUUAUGGUGGAUGGAAAAUGUUUAUAUCUUUGUAGAAUGUCUUAUCGAUUUUUUUUCAACAAAAUAUAUUUGUUUAUUAAUUGUGAUAUAUGGAGUUUUUUAUGCAUCAUGGAUAUAUCUUUAUGAGGAAGGGCAUUUAAAUAAAAAAUUUGCCAGAACUUUAUCUUUACCAUUAUGGAUAACAUUUAUUAGUUGUUUUUCACAAUGUUUUUCAUUAUUUCGAGUUGUUGUAUUUGUGGGAAUUAUUGCAAUUCUUGGUUUAAUAUCACUUGGAUUACUUUCUCCUGAUAUUGAAGAAGUAUCUGAAGAAGAAAAUACAGAUAAUGUAAAAAAAAAUGAUACAUUGGAAAAUGAUAAUGAAAGUAUUAGUUCUGUUGGGAAGGCUUUCUCAUCUGAUUAUUAUAUUACAACAAUUCUUGGAUUAUGUAUUUUAGAAUGGAUUGCUAAAAGAGAUUAUAUCUUAGUUGUAAUUAUUUUAGCCAUUAUAUUUGCUAUAUUAAAAGAAAUUGUUAAAAAAUUAGGUAUAAUGGAAAAUAUUAAAAUGAUUUUAAAUUCUUUUUGGUCAUUAAUUGAGAAUAAAGUUAAAAAAAUUGUUACCAUAAUUUGUCCUGGAUCAUUAAGAAAAUUUGUCAAACUUAUGUUUACAUCUGAUAAAAUGUUUUUAAAAGGAUUUGCCAGUUCAACACAACUUAUCUCAUCAAUUGGUGCAAUAAUGUUUUUUAUUGUUGGAGGAUUUUGUAUUAUUUUAUUUAUCAUUUUCCAGAUACAUUCAGAGACUGUACAGUUGGUUAAACUUGGUUCAAAUGUUAUUACUUCACAAAAUAAUUUACUUGAUAGUGCUUUUAAUUAUACUGGUAUAGAUUUAGAUAAUCAUUUAGAUGAUGUUUAUAAAAAUGGAAGAAAUUUUUUGGCAUCAAGUGUUAGAAAUUUAGCUGAUCCAAAAGAUCCAAUAAAAGGUGAUGAAUUAGAGGAGAGAGUCAAAGAAUUUUUAGAUAAUAUAUAUAAAAAAUAUGAAGAAAGUCUUGUUGAGGAUCAAUCUAAAAAUGUUACUGGAAAAAGUUUGACUGAUCAGUUAAUGAGUCUUACAGUAUUGACAAAUUUUAAAGAUGAAAUAACAAAUAUUAUAAAAGAAAAUGUUGAUACAAUUAUUAGUGUUGGUAAAUCAGCUUGGUCUAUUUUAUUAUUAAAUAUUUCCCUUUUACUAAAUAUUUUUGGAUCAAUUUUAAUAUUUGGUGUAGAUGUGGUAAAUUUUAUUUUAUCUUUAAUUAUAUUUUUAACAAUGCUUUAUUAUCUACUUUCUGAGUCUCAUGAUAAAUUUGCCCCCAUAAAAAUUAUUUCUGAUGUAACAGAAACUUUUUAUCCUUCUAGAAAUGAUCAAAAACAAUCAUUUGAUAUUUCUGGUGCUUUUGAAAAUGCAAUCAGUGAUGUAUUUGUACUAUCUAUGAAAAAAGCAAUUUUUUAUGCAUUAUAUACAUAUUUUAUCAAUACAUUAUUUGACCUGAAAAUAAUUAUAAUACCAACAAUAACAGCAGCAAUAUUUGCAGCAGUUCCAAUUAUACCUUCAUAUUCUUUAUCUAUAAUAGGAGUAAUUGAAAUAUUUUUUAUUAGAGAUGAAUCAACAUUUGCUGGAAUUUUAUAUAUUAUAUUAUCUAUUUUUCCAACAUUAUUCAUUGAAAAUGAAUUUUAUAAAGAAGUAAAAGGAAGUCAUCCAUAUAUGACAGUAUUGUCUGUUAUUGGAGGUCAUUAUUGGUUAGGCGUUAUUGGUAUAAUUCUUGGUCCUGUUAUUUUAUGUUCAUUGAUUACUCUUUUUAAUAUUUAUCUUAGUUUUUCUAAGAAUGACAAAAUGGACUAA